CCCCCGCUUGAUGACAAUGGUACGGUCCCACGCCGCUGUCAAAUCGUACUUGCGCAUUUGAGUUCAAGGGCAGUCAUUGAAAUCAUUCAGUUAAGUAAGCAGCCUCUGUUCUGCUAACAUCGUCGCGAACAUGCUCUGCAGAGUUGCUCAGAUACGCAGGUGUGCUGCAAGUUUGGGUCAAGCCGUCCAGCAGGUACACAGACAGAAGCACACGCUUCCUGACCUGACCUACGAUUAUGGCGCCCUGGAGCCUCACAUCAACGCCGAGAUCAUGCAGCUGCACCACAGCAAGCACCACGCCACAUAUGUCAACAACCUCAACGUGGCCGAGGAGAAAUAUAAGGAGGCGCUCGCAAAAGGAGACGUGACGACACAGGUUGCCCUUCAGCCUGCUCUCAAAUUCAAUGGAGGAGGUCACAUCAACCACAGCAUCUUUUGGACUAACCUCUCCCCCAAUGGUGGGGGUGAGCCACAAGGGGACCUCAUGGCAGCCAUCCAGCGGGACUUUGGCUCCUUCCAGAGCAUGAAGGAGAGGAUGUCUGCUGCCACGGUGGCAGUUCAAGGCUCAGGCUGGGGUUGGCUGGGCUACGACAAGCAGGCGGCACGACUUAGUAUCGCCGCUUGCUCCAACCAAGAUCCCCUGCAAGGAACCACAGGCCUCAUCCCGCUCCUGGGCAUCGACGUCUGGGAGCACGCCUACUACCUGCAAUACAAAAAUGUCCGGCCUGACUACGUUAAGGCCAUCUGGAAUGUCAUCAACUGGGAGAACGUGAGCGAGCGUCUGCAGACUGCCAAAAAAUAGACUCAAAAUAAAGUCAUUGCAGAUCAUUUUGUAUCAUGAGCACCCGGUACCUACUUUCUUAAAAAUGCAGGUUCCCUUCCUGUCUAUUAAGCGCACAAAAAGUGACUAUGUGGAAAAAGUUGACAUCUUACCUGAAGGAGGAGCAAUGCAAUCAUAUGUUGGAAUCUGUCGCGGUCAAACCAGAUCAUGUGUUACUUUGGAUGUGUAAUAAAAAGCUGACUUGAA